ACGUUCAACUUUGGACUCUGCUAUUAACACCUUUACAUUUAUCUGGAGUACAUUUGAUUGCGAUUAUUCAUUAAAUUAUUGUACAUUUCUUAUCAAACUUAAAGUUAGCAAUUAAUUGAUAAGCCUACCUAAGUGGCGUUCGUUGGCUACGACAGACAGAUAGCGAUUUAAAACAAUACCUGCCAAAUUCGUGAAAACAUUGCUGACAAACCCAUUGAAGUGACAGGCAAUAAAUCUUUGUCAAUAAAUACCAUAGAGAGGAAGGGGAAGACCCAAAAAGCCGUACAUAAAAAUGCUGCAAAAUAUAAUCGAUUUCUGCAAUUAUUGGUGGUUUCGUUAUUUGAUGGUUACGGAGCUGUACAUGGUCGAGAAAUGGGAAAGGGUCACGAUACACAUCAUUUUUGCAAUUCUCUUCAUCCUCUUCUGGUACUUCAACUAUUCGGUCCUACUGUCCGUAACAGGAAGUCUAUUCGGUUUAACACCCAUAUCAUCGUUAAUGGAUGCACAGAGUAGCAGUAAAGUUAUGUAACAAACAAAUCAAUAAAUAUAAGAAACUAUCUGAAAUGUAGUGAUAAAAACUAAACUCUAGCAAAAACAAACAAUAAAUGAUCGAAUAUGUAUGUUCCGUAAAUUGAGAGAUUUAAUAAAUUAGAUGACGACGCCAUCAACAGCGAACAAUGUGCUAACGUAACGGAAAAAAGUGUCAUCGAUAUCCUGUUUUCUUUACAAAAAAUAAACAAAUAAUGUAAAUCGACAUUUGCAAGCCUUAAUACAUAUAUUUGUAUAUUGUAGAUUUAUCUAGAGUUUUGCACAAUCAAUGUCAAAUAUAGAAGUAUUCCAUUAUUUAUAUAUGCCACUUUUUGUAGCAACGUUAAUUUUAUGUAAACCAAUUAUCCACCAAAUUUUAUAAGAAAAGCAUUUUUGUACUUGCGUGUGUUUGUGUGGUUUUCUUACAAAAUGUAAACACGUACUACAUAGUUCAGGGAAGAACAUAACUACAAGUUGAAACGAAUCUUGAAAAAAUAAAAUUUUGAUGUAAUCUCAAAAAUAUUUGUAUAUGCAAAUUAGUAGAUGAUGCGUACUUUUCAAUACACAAUAAUAUUUAUAUACAAGUCUUUGUUUUUUUUGUAUAUUUCCCUUGCCUGUAAUUAUUCAAUAAACUAUAUAAUGAUAAAUAUUUAAUAAAUUGUUUUUCUAAAAAUGUUUUAUUUUUAAAUUUUAA